GGUGAUGGCGACACUUGGCAGCAGGCGAGGCAAGGGGGCGGCCGCUCCUUCACUACUGCGUUGUUACAUCUCUCUCUCUCUCCUUCACCCUCCGUCUGCUUCCGUCUCAUCUACACCCACACACUGGUGGCACGCCCGUCCUCCUCCUCCUCAACUGUGCCACCUCCUGCAGCAGGUAGACGGAGCUGGGGAUCACCAGGAGAAAACUUUGUAACGGGUCUCUAAGGAGGUCGAAUAAUUUAACGUCUGAGUCAUUUCCUAGUGACUGUUCUUGGGUAUUGUGGCCAGAAACCCCUUAAAUCAUCAUGGCACGACGUAGUAGAAUUGACAAAUAUGAGCCAAUUAAUUGGCAUGAAAUCUUCCAGAAGAUUGAUAGUGAUGGAGAUGGAUACAUUCUUCGGUCUGAGCUUAAGAAAUACUUGCUGAACACCCCAGUAAGUGAAGUUCCCCUCUCAGAUGAUAUGGUGGAUAGUAUGCUUUAUCAUGUGGACUACAACAAUGAUGGCUACAUUAAUCUACAGGAAUUUUAUGGCCUGGUUAAUGUUCCAGUGGAUGCAGGGACUCGAUCUAUUGUGCAGAGAACCCUUGUUGCUACGGCUUUCUCCAUUGCUCCGCGCUCUCAAGUAUCUCACGGGGACCGUCAUUACAUUGCUCAAUACUCCUGCUGCCCACCUCCCCUUCUUAUUCCGCUGUUGUGUACUGCUGAGGUUGGUAUAUUUGUGUACUAUGCAGUGACCAUGGGUGAUAUAGGCCCUUAUUCUCCCAUUCCAUGGUCCUCCCCACUCAUUUAUGAUCCUUAUCGCCGUCUGGAACUUUGGAGAUUCAUCUCCUAUAUGUUUCUUCAUGCUGGGUAUGUGCAUCUGCUGUCUAAUGUGAUGGUUGCCUUGUUCGUUGGGAUUCCACUGGAGAUGGUUCAUCGGUGGUGGCGGCUUUUGAUACUGUAUGUGGCAGGUGUUCUUGCUGGUUCUCUUGCUGCUUCUAUGUUUGAUCCUCAUUCAUAUCUGGUGGGUGCAUCUGGGGGAUGCUAUGCACUCAUUGCAGCUCACUUGGCAAACAUAAUCAUCAACUGGUCAGAAAUGCCAUUUAACUGGGCUCGACUGUUGGUGCUUGUGACGAUGAUGGCUACAGAUAUUGGAGUGUUUACAUACAUGACCCUUACUAAAGCCGAUUCACGAGUUAGUUAUGUGGCUCAUCUUGCUGGAUUCUGUGCUGGGCUUUUGGUGGGCAUGGUGACGCUGCGUAAUCUUCGUGAACACCGCUGGGAAAUAAUUUUGAAGUGGACUGGCCUGGCAGUUUUCCUGUGCCUUAUUACUGCAGCUAUUGUUAUUCAAAUUGUAUUUCCUGACUUGGUAGGGUUGUAUCCACCCAUGCCUAAGAAACUAAUAGUUGAAAAUAUUACUGGAGUUGGAAUGUAGUAAUUUGUUUACUUCUUUUUUAAGUAAGUGCUGAAUGAUUCAAAAAGCUGCUUUAAAGUACAAUUACACUUAUCACUCAGGCUAAUGCUUCUCUUAAUUUUUUGUUCUUGCUUUUCUUUACUUAAGAUUUUUAUAUACAAUAUUUAUAUAUGAAGGAACAAAUGUAGUAAUGUGUGGUUACCAAUGAAAAUAUUUUGAUAAAAAAGCCAAAGCCAAAAUCUCAUUUAAAAAAAAACAAAGCUAACAUUGUGUAAUAAUAAUAAUCCAUUGAAUCUCACAAGUUACAAUCCAUGUAUGAGGAUUUCGUUUAUAUAUUGAAUUAAGAUAAAAAGUUUUGGCACUAGAUUAUAUAUGUAUAGGCUUGUAUGUUCAAAUGCAACUGUAUACAUGAUACAUAUGCAUUUAUACAUACACCAUUAUUUACACACAUUCACUCUCAUACAAUUGGGAAUGAAAUAGUAAAGGUUGUGCUUUUAAAUGUAAAAUGUUGAUGACUUAUUGAGAAUCUCGAGUGUGAUUUGUAGGAUUAUAUUGAUCCCGUGUUUAGUGAGUAUGUACUUGUACCUUAAUAAGGAAAUGUUCUCCUCUUUACCUCUUUUUUAAGUAUUUAAAUAUUGUGUAGCUGAAAUACAGUGUACUGUAUGUAUGUAGUUACUGCCCUGGAGCUUGAUGUUCUUUUAUUUAUAUAACUAACUUUUAUAUUUUAAAUGUACUCAUCUCUAUAAAUAUAUUUAUAUUUUAUUUGACCCUUGUGGUGGGGUUGAAUAAAUAUUUGACCCCUUAUAUAUAUAUACAUAUUAGACCCCCCACCUUCUUUUGCCAUUAGUAUCCUUAAAAUAAAAAUAAUGUAUGUGAACUUUGAACCAUUUAUAUGUAUUGAUGUAUAAGCAUAGUCUUGAAUUUAUUGCAAGGAAGGGGGGGGGCAGGGAUCACCUUUAUAGGGGAGGUUACUGUGUGGAAAUUUACUAGGGGCUCUACUCUGCCAGGGGAGGGAUUUCUACGACAGCCAAAUUAGUUUUUAGCACACGUGUAAUUUUAAGUUUCAAGGAAAAUUACAUUAAAGUAAUACAACAUAAAAUAUUUAAUAAUAAAUGUACACAGCAGAAUAGUUAGUUGCAUUACAAGUGCUCAUUUUUUGCUUUAUUGCACCAGAUUUUGAGCAAAAAUUGUUUUGGCAAUAUCACUUUUAAAAUCCAAAGUAAUAUCAUAUAGCAGAUAUUAGUUUUAUCCAGGAGUCUGUUACUAUAUUUAAUUUUAGCUUUAAUGUGAUAAAAAAUGGUUAUUUAAUGUCUUGUAAAUUUAAAAAUGCAGUUUUAUUAGCCAGGUUUUUGUCCAGAUAUUUUUAUACAUUUAAUAUUUAUUAUAAUAAAGGAUUCUAUUUACUAUUUAUAAAA